AUGCCCCCCACCCCACCCCCGUACCCGCGCCCCAACGCCCCCCGUCCCGUUCACCCCGAUCGCGUCCCGCCCCCGUACGCCGCCGCCGCGCCGCAGUCCAAGUCCGAGCCCACCCCCACCCCGCCCCGCCACCACGUACACCGCCCGCCCGCCGUCGCGCGCCGCCGCACUAAACGUCCCCGUUCAGGCGUAGCCCCCCCCCCCCCCCGAGGCGUACCGUCUCCGUACCCCCCGUCCCGUGUAUUCACCCCCGCGACCGCCGUCGCCGUCACCGACGUUCCACGCCCCAACCCCGCUGCGCCCCGUAGGUCCACGCCGCGCCCGAUACCCGUCCCGUUCCCCGUCGACGUCAGCCCAGUACGUUUGGACGCCGUCCGCCAGUACGUAGCCCUCCCCGCCCUCCGUCGCUCAUCCCCCCCCCCCAACGUCCGUCGCCCGUACCGCCCCGCGCCCGUCCCCCCGUACCGUAGCCCCCACCCCACCCGUUCCCGCGUCGCCGUGCGCCGCAGCCCGUUAGCAGACAGCGCGAUCUCCGCCGCGUCCACGUAUUCGCCAUCGCGCGUCCGUAGCAGCGUGCUCCCGUCGACAGUCCCCCCCGCCCCCCGUUACGCCCCCGUAGCAGUAUACCGUCGCCCCCCAGCACCAGACGCCGCCGCCGUCCGUCGUCCCCCCCCCCCCUCGCGCCGUGCCCGCCCCCGUACCCCGUCCCGUUCCCCCACAGCCACGCUAUCCGUUAGCCGUAGCCCCGUAGCGUACCCCCCACCCCGCCCCCGCGCCCGCCUGACACCACCACCCCCCGUUGCCCCCCGUACCGGCCCCGCACCGAUCGCCGUCCGCCGCGUUCCGAGCGUCCCCCGUCCGACCCGUUCCCGCCCGCCCCUCCACCCCCCCGUCCCCGCCCCCCCGGACGGCGUCCGAACCCCCCCCCUCCGGCCCGUUGCCCGUCGCCCGUCCCCGCCCCCGUCCCGUUCGUCCGUACCAGCCGUCCCCCCGCGUUCUGUACCCGUGCCCGCUCCCCCGUCGUACCCCGUCCCAGUUUUUUCCCCCCCCGCCCACGUUCACCACACCCCCCCCGUUAACCCGCCCCGUAGUGCUUGCCCCCGCCCAGGAGCCCCCGUCUCGUGCCCCCCAUCGUACCGUCGUCCCGUAAAAAUAUCCGCCCCCGGCGGUUUUUACCCCGUCCCCCCACGCGCCCCGUCCCGUUCGCCUCCCCCGUACCGCGUACCGUCCCGUCCGCCGUCCCGUUUUUCAGGGUUCGCAAGUCGUCUGGCCCCGUUUACUCGCCCGUCCCGCGUACGUCAGCACGUCGGAGCGCCCCCCAACGCAGCGUGCGUCAUCCGCCCGUCCCCCGUCCCGAGCGCCGCCCCCGUUCCCGCCCCCCCGCGCGAGUCCGUUCCCCACCCGUACCCCGGCGUCCCCCACGUGGUACUCCCGCCGCCACAGCCCGUACCGUACCGUAGCCGGAGCCGCGUCGCCCCCCCACGUCCGCCCGCGUCCCCCCCCCGUCCCCCCGUCCGUCGCCCCGCGUCCGCCCCCCCGCGGAGCCGUUCCGCCGCCCGUGCCCGCGUGUCGCCCGUCGUGCGCGCCAGCGCCGUGUUUCGUACCCCGCCGUCAGUAUUUACCGCCUCGUACCCGCCGCCCCGUAACCGCCCCGUACGUCCCUCCCCGUUCGUCGUACGUCGCCGUUCCCGUCCGCGUAGCCCCCCCGCGGCCGAGCCGCCCCGUACCCGUCGUCCCGUUGCCGCGCCCCCGUCCCGCCGUCCCACCCCGUCCCCCGUAGAGCCGUCCGUACGGUCCCCGCCGCGUUACCGUUGCGCCCCCCGCACGUCCGGCGUCCGCAGCGUGCCCAGGCCCGUCGCCCCCCGUCCCCCCCCCCCCUUCCCGACACCGCUCCCCUCCCUCCGUAGCCGCAUCCCGUCCCGUUCCCCCGUCCGUAGCAGCGCCGGCCCCGUGCCACCGCCCGUCGUAGCCCCCCCGUACCCCCCGUCCGCCCGUCCCCGCACGCCCCGCAUGCCGCCCCCGUCCCCAGUACCGCGCCCCCCCCCCCGUACCACCGUCCCACGUCCCGUCCCGCGCCCCGUCCCCGUUCGCGUACGCUCGCCCGCCCCCCGCGUGGCGUCCCCCCCCCGAAUGCCGUUCCCCCCGUCCGCCCCGCGUACGAACCGCUAA